AGAUGAUCCACAAAAUCCAUCGCAAAACGCAGCUACGAGUCGAUAAAUUGGCCUCCAUUUCCCAACACUCGGGCAAUCUGGUGGUUCUGCUUCGACUUAUCCUGUUGUCUAUCAGAGAUGGCGGCCGUGUCCACUCUUGGAGUCGUGAACAUAGUACCGUUGAGUCGAGCUGGCUCCGGCGGUCAGGUACCAACCACCUCCUUCUUCGGCAGCAGCCUAAAGAAGGCCAAUCUAACGGUUCCUCAACGGAAAUCCUCCGCCAGCUUCAAAGUGCUCGCUGCAGACCUCGAUGAGUCGAAGCAGACCUCCAAAGACCGGUGGGCUCACCUAGGCACUGACAUCUCCGACGACCAGCAGGACAUCACCCGGGGCAAAGGCCUGGUCGACUCGCUCUUCCAGGCUCCCAUGGGCGACGGCACUCACAUUCCCGUCAUGACCUCUUAUGAAUACAUCAGCCAGGGCCUCCGCACGUACAACUUGGACAACACCAAGGAUGGCUUCUACAUUGCCCCUGCUUUCAUGGACAAGCUGGUGGUGCACAUCACCAAGAACUUCAUGAACCUCCCAAACAUUAAGGUUCCCCUCAUUUUGGGUAUCUGGGGAGGCAAAGGGCAGGGGAAGUCCUUCCAGUGUGAGCUUGUGUUUGCCAAGAUGGGCAUCAACCCGAUCAUGAUGAGCGCAGGAGAGCUGGAGAGCGGUAACGCCGGCGAGCCGGCUAAGCUGAUAAGGCAGCGGUACCGUGAGGCUGCUGACCUCAUCAAGAAGGGGAAGAUGUGCUGCCUCUUCAUCAACGAUCUCGACGCUGGCGCCGGCCGGCUCGGAGGGACCACUCAGUACACCGUCAACAACCAGAUGGUGAACGCCACCCUGAUGAACAUCGCCGACAACCCCACCAACGUGCAGCUCCCUGGCAUGUACAACAAGCAGGAGAAUCCCCGCGUGCCCAUCAUCGUGACGGGCAACGACUUCUCCACGCUCUACGCGCCCCUGAUUCGCGACGGGCGUAUGGAGAAGUUCUACUGGGCGCCGACGAGGGAGGAUCGCAUAGGCGUCUGCAUUGGCAUCUUCCGAACCGACAACGUGCCCCAGGAGGACAUCGUCAAGCUCGUCGACACCUUCCCCGGCCAGUCCAUUGACUUCUUCGGGGCUCUCCGAGCGAGAGUGUACGACGACGAGGUGCGGAAGUGGAUCGCGAAUAUCGGCGUGGACAAGGUGGGGAAGAAGCUGGUGAACUCGCUGGAGGGACCGCCCACGUUCGAGCAGCCGCCGAUGUCCCUGGACAAGCUGAUGGAGUACGGGAAGAUGCUCGUGCAGGAACAGGAGAACGUGAAGCGGGUGCAACUGGCCGACAAGUACUUGAGCGAGGCCGCUCUCGGCGACGCCAACGCCGACGCCAUCGACACCGGCAGCUUCUUUGCUUCCGCCACUUGAGUUUCACAACUCGUGGCGGAAGAAGGGGAAUUAGAAGUCAAAGCCACCUGCAUGAAGACAAAUUACAAGUGCCCUUUAUAUUUAUUCAGACUUUUUUUCCCUUUUUUUUAAGCUGUGGAAGGGUUUAAUAUCAUUGUCUUCAGUUUUUCCUUUUUUCUUAGACCAAAAAAAAGUUAGAAAUUUCUAUCA